AUGGCUGCUGUUUCUAACAUUGCAAACUGCGCAUCACAGGCAAGUGCAAGCACGGAAUGGGUUGUGGUGCCUGUUGGGAUUCACACCUUCCUAGCUGUCGCCGCAAAUGGACUAUCGAAGCGCGAUGCCUUCGAGUUCCCAGACCCCUUCGCUGUCAUAACUGUAGACGCAGAACAGACUGCCACUACUAGUAUAAUCAAAAAGACUCUCGAUCCGUACUGGAACGAAAGUUUCGAUGUGCAAGAAUCAUCUGUCCUCGCAAUUCAAGUUCUCGAUCGGGGAAAAAUUGAAGAGCCGGAUCAGGGGUUCCUUGGAGUCGUCAAUAUCUGUGUGCGGGAUCACAUCGAUAUCCAUAGUGAAGGGCGAGAAAUGUUAACUCUAAACCUCGAGCGGCCAGGUGAUAACUCUGUAGUACAUGGAAAGCUCAGAGUCUAUUUAUCCACAGAUACGAACAUGCCUAAUCCAAAUCCUGGUAUGUCCCAAGCGGUGGCUGCGUUGGAGAGUCUUGACCUGUCUGCCUCCACAAGCACCAUUGGGGAUACCCGUCUCGAGCACUCCGAUUCCCUUCGUAGUAGUCACCCUGAUAACGCCACCUCCCCAGCGAUCAGCUCGAACAGUAUUUCAUCACCAGCUACAAACGCGGCGACGGACACAGCUGCCACUUCCGCAAAUGCUCAAGCAGUGAAUGACAUGCGAAACCUCGAUCUUCACGAAGAUCAGCAUGGCCCGUUGCCCCCUGGAUGGGAAUGGCGAGUUGAUCAUCUUGGUCGCACUUACUACAUCGAUCACUACACACGAACCACGACGUGGACCAGACCUUCCUACACUCCAGGCCAGACGUCGAACACUCAGGCGCAGAUAACCGCUAGAGGUGCCAAGGAGGCUCUGCCCGUUGGAUGGGAAAAAAGACGCACACCUGAGGGCCGUUUUCUCUAUGUUGACCACAACACACGUACCACCACUUGGCUGGAUCCUCGUCAUGCACUUCUCCGAAUGCUUGAACGUGAUGGGGAUGAGACCAUGGUGCAGCCUCAGCGCGUUUCCCAGCUUUCCCCCUUGCCCUCUGGGUGGGAGAUGAGGCUUACGUCUACAGAGCGCGUUUACUUCGUUGAUCAUAACACCAGGGCAACGACCUGGGAUGAUCCUCGUUUGCCAUCACCGCUCGACCAAAACGUACCCCAAUACAAGCAUGACUUCCGUCGCAAGCAGGUUUACCUCUUCUCUCAAGAUGCAAUGAGGAUCCAACCGGGUAACUGUCACAUCAAGGUUCGACGAAACCACAUCUUUGAGGAUAGUUACGCGGAUAUCAUGCGUCAAACUCCAAGUGAUUUGAAGAAGCAUUUGAUGAUCGUGUUCGAUGGGGAAGAUGGUCUUGGUCUUGAUGACGGUGGUCUUUCUCGGUCAGUGGAGAUUAUCAGUCUGUUGUUGAGUUUGUCCGUUUACCCUUCCAAGUUGUGUAGUGAAUUCUUCUUCUUGCUCUCUCACGAGAUGUUUCGAUCAUCCCACUCUCUGUUCGAGUACUCGGCAGCGGACAGCUAUACUCUUCAGAUCAACCCUUCCUCUGCCAUGAACCCCGAACAUCUGAACUAUUUCAAGUUUAUUGGAAAGGUCAUAGGUCUCGCCAUCUUCCAUCGCCAAUUCCUAGAUGCCAACUUCACCACUGGAUUCUACAAAAUGAUUCUCAGGAGGAAGAUCACCCUCAGUGACUUGGAAAGCGUUGAUGCCGAACUCCAACGUCAUAUGACUUGGAUUUUGGAGAAUAACAUUACGAAUAUCGUCAAUGAGACGUUCAAUAUGACGACGGAAGACCGUUUCGGCGAGAUUGUGACGAUCGAUCUCAAGCCUAAUGGUGCUGACAUCCCCGUGACGGAGGAAAAUAAGAAGGAAUACGUGGAGGCGGUGAUUGAGCACCAUAUUGUUCGUCGUGUGAAAGAACAGUUCAACGCUCUCAUGUCUGGUUUUAUCGAAAUGAUCCCUCAAGAACUCAUCAGUGUGUUCAACGAGCGGGAACUUGAGCUUCUCAUUGGAGGCAUAUCCGAUAUCGAUGUUGAUGAUUGGGAAGAGCACACGGUUUAUCGUGGCUACGAGAGGAACGAUGAAGUCAUUCGGUGGUUCUGGCAAAUCAUUCGAAGCUGGCCGACUGAGCGGAGGUCUCGCUUGCUCCAGUUUGCUACUGGGACGUCACGUAUCCCCGUCGGCGGGUUCAAGGAUCUCCGAAGUCCAAGCGGUCCUCGACAGUUCACGAUCGAAGAAACUGGAGACCCUAGUCAAUUAUUGCCGACGAGUUGUCCCCCUUUCAAUCGCAUUGAUUUUCCCCCUUACGAAGAUUACGAUACCUUGGAGGGUCAGCUGCUUGUUGCCAUUGGGGGGGGAGACUCAACAUGA